GUUUUCAAGGUUGGCUAACAUGAGAGCAGUAAGUAGAUAUGACGAAUGAAUUGGGCUGUGGGUGCUAAUUGUUACCUACUUCGGGCUGUUCUCACACAUGGAAAAAACUGGGACCUUGUCAGUGAGUCAUUAAGAACGUCUUGCAAGACGUUCUUGAAAGAUGAAAAUGUACAGGAUCUCUCAAAACAGAGUUGUUCGCUUCAAUAUAAAUAUAUUAUUGCAUCCGCACGUCAAAGAAAUCCAGGCGAUUUAACAGAGAGCCAACUCUUAAACAUUUCAUUAGAUCAUUAUACUACAUUGAGACGUGAGCAGUUGCAUGCUGCUCGGUUGGAGAUCUUGCGGGCUAUGAAGAUUGAGGAAGAGGAUGCAGAAAAGUUGCGACAAGGCCGAUAUUCUGAAAUACCUCCAGACCGGUUACUGACCUAUAGAAAAAGAUGUCGUGCACUCGGGAUUCCGGACAAAAUAGGUCGUUGUUUAAAUAUGGAACCGUUGUCUCCUGUUUCAGAGGAAAAUGACCGAACUGUCAAGAAGCUUCCCACUACACUACAACGUCCAAAUACUAAAAUUGAGAAAGAAACAAUUGACCAGAAUGGUGGUAUCUGGAUUCCUGUCGAAACCCCUUUUAUUUAUGGGCUAUUCGAAGAGAGAUGUGAUUACAUUCAGGAAUCAUCAUUAGCCAACUUCAUACGUGCUCAAGCUAUUAUUUCACAAAGACUGGGUUUCGAAGGACAUGAUGAUGAAAUCUCAAGUCUAGAUACUACAUCAUCCAUCCAGACUCACUCAGAGGUUACAACUAGCCAUAAUCAAGAAGUCAAAGUCGAAGAGUCACCCAGAGCUUCUGAACAGCUUAAUAACUUAGAUAGUGACUCAAGCAAAAUAAGAAUGCAAACAAGCCCUUCCAAGUGUUUGGAGAUCCUGGAUGAACCAAUUACUCCUAGUAGUUCCGCUCUUGUAAGUGACUCAGAAACACUGGCUUCUCCGCACUUUACUCAGAGCCUUAAUUCAAGUCCUGCACUAAGUCUUGCGGAAACUCAAUCACCAUCCUUUAAAGCCGUUAAUCUGAACCGGAAACAUAAUCAUACAAAGAGGAAGAUAUCGACUCCUGCUCCUGUUUAUCAAAACCAAGUGGGAGAGUUCACUUCAGCUCUCAGUCCCUCAAUAUCUACCAGUCUCAAUAAUGAUGAACUUACAGAUACAUCUCAGUCAUCAGUUUGUGUGGCUCGACGAUGGAGAAGAUCUCUUCUAUCAGCACUUUCUACGGUGUACAGCCAUCGUCAUGCUUAUGUGUUUAUGCAUCCUGUAACUGAAGAUAUAGCUCCCGGGUACAGUACUGUUGUUUAUGAGCCAGUGGACUUAACGUCCCUUAGGCGCCGUAUGGAGUCGUCACUCAGUUACUUGAUCAGUUCUCAGCAGCCUUCUGCUCUAAAUCCAUCCGUUUCUUCUUAUCGAGUUAUCAUUGAGAUCGCAAGACGUUUCAUUCGUGAUCUUUUGCUAAUGUUUAUGAAUGCAAGAAUGUACAAUAGUCAAAAUCACGAAGUCCACCGAAUGGCUGGGGAGAUGUAUCAUGACGUCAUUAGUGAAGUAAGUGGUGGAUCUUUAUCAUUUACUGUCAAGCGGUCUUAGUGAGGAAUUGCAUAUUAAAAAACUAAAACUAGCUGUCCGAUUGGGUAGUUGGAGUAUGCGUAAUAUUUUCGACCAGUGGUUGUAAAUUCUGGAUAACAUGACUCAGAACCUAACGUAGUAGUUAAGACGCAGUUAUUUUUGUUAACUCUUACAUUAUCUCUUCUUGUAUACCUCUUCAUCCCUUCUCGAAUCAUUCCCAGUAUUUAGUCAUUUUCAUUGAUACUGCGUCAUUUUGAUCCCUUCACUGUUUUUUUAAAUAUUUUUAUUUCAUCUCUGUCGUGGUAUAGUAUGGUCACUUGGGCUAACACACAUUUGUAUCAGGCUCUACGUCGAUUGUAACUUAGGGAAUAAGCCCAUCAUGACGAAAAUGGUUUCAGAUGUCUAUCUAGUUCUACCUUAUUCCUUACCCAUUCCUUAAUUUGUUUCAGUUGGAUACUUACUUCAAUAUUGUGUAUUUUAUUUUGUAGCUAUUGUGUAUAGUUUUCAUGUUUCCUUUUAGCUUGUUAGUAUAAAUCAUAUAAAAAUGCUUUAGUUCCUU